UGUAAAUGUAACAUUGUGUGCAUUUUUCUCUCCUCAGGAGACCAGGAGUACUUACUAAAUCUGAUCGACUCUCCUGGUCACGUCGACUUCUCAUCAGAAGUUUCCACUGCUGUCAGGCUGUGUGAUGGUGCCAUUAUUGUUAUUGAUGCUGUGGAGGGAGUGUGUCCACAGACCCAGGUUGUGCUGCGUCAAGCGUGGUUGGAGAACAUCAAGCCCGUUCUGGUCAUCAAUAAGAUAGACCGACUUAUCGUGGAGCUGAAACUCACCUCUCAGGAAGCUUACACACACCUGCAGAAGAUCCUAGAACAGGUGAAUGCAGUGACAGGGACUUUGUUCACAUCCAAAGUGCUGGAGGAGCGAGCGGAGCAAGAGGAGCAGAAGGAGGAGGGGGAGAACGACAGCGAGACGUUGAGUGGAGAUCAGGUUUAUGACUGGAGCGCUGGGCUGGAGGAGGCUGACGACUCACAGCUCUACUUUUCUCCUGACCAAGGAAAUGUGGUCUUUGCCAGCGCCAUCGAUGGUUGGGGCUUCAGCAUCCAGCAGUUUGCCCACAUCUACAGCCAGAGAAUGGGUAUCAAGGCAGAGGUGCUGCUCAAAACGCUGUGGGGAGAUUUCUACCUCAAUGCAAAAGCAAAGAAGAUCAUGAAAGGAGCUCAGGCCAAAGGAAAGAAGCAGCUGUUUGUGCAGCUUGUGCUGGAUAACAUUUGGAGUUUAUAUGAUGCUGUUGUCACUAGGAGAGACGAGGAGAAAGUGGAGAAGGUGCUGACAUCACUGGGGGUGAAGGUUCUGGCCAGAGACUUGCGUCACUCCGACCCCAAAGUCCUCCUCUCUGCCAUCUGCAGCCAGUGGUUACCUGUGUCCCAGGCUGUGCUCUUGAUGGUGUGUGAGAAACUGCCCAGUCCCUUAGAAAUGGUGGCAGAGAGGGUUGAGAAACUGAUGAGCGUUGGAGCGCGACGAUUUGACUCGUUGCCUGAACAGACGCAGGAGCUAAAAAGAGGUACGCAGACACACACACACUGGAUCUGUAUUGAAUUUUGAAUUGACCUCCACUUAUUUUACACAUUAAGGCCAGUGAAGCAUUCGUGAAGAAUGUGACUCUGCCUGUCUUCUGGGGCUCUGGCGUGGGAUUUGCGAAAGAGGUGGAUGCUUACUUGGCAGGGAAGCUCUAUCUAAAAUAUGCUAUCCCUUGCAUUAUGGGAAAUGUAGGAUCCAGUGUUUCUAGAGCUGAACUCAUUCUAUGGAGUAAAAGUCAGGUCCUUCCAACAUCUGUUGCAUCAUUUUUCCUCUUGUUUUAUGUUUUUAUGUUUUAACUGUCUCUUGAGAGUCCAUGACUUGUGGAAAUGACACUGUAAUGCAAAUUCCUAUCAGCAUAUUGUAAACAGUUUAGGAGAGAUUCAAGCAUCACUGCUAUAAAACCAUGAAGUCUGUAAGUAACAGGACACUGCCAGGUACUGUUGCAUAGCAAAGCCGCUGACUGAACUAGCUUGCUACUGAGAGUGUAAAUCUGAGAUUCAGUCCAUCAAUACACAACCACAGAUCCCUCCCAAAUUCAGGAAUCGCAAUCCCUCCUGCUGGCUCGCUACAUUUCCCAUUCAUAUAUUUGCCUCAAGCCACAUCCAGGACAUUCCUCAUGACUGCAAACUCUUUCAUGUAGCUGAAGCUGCCGGUAACGCUCAGCAGCUGCCUUACAGAACAAUUGUCCUGAUAUGUAACGUUAGCUACACUAGCUAGCAUUAGCUAACUUCAUGACCUUUCUCAACUCAGUUACCAGUGGUGGAAAAUGAAUAUUUUUCUACUACUUUACAGAUACGGGACUCUUGAUCUGGAGAUACAUAAUCUCAUAAGACAUCCCUAUGACUUACUGUAAAGAAAGCACAGGCACACUGUGGAAGACUGAACAGCAAAAAAACAUACCAAUAUGAUCAAUAAAAGAAAUGAAGGUAGUUUUCCUCAUGAAAAAAUAACUAUUGAUUAAUGCAGACCUACAGUACCUACAGUAUGGAAAGGUCCAACAUGCACAAUAUAGUUUUAAGUGGAUUAGAGAAGUUUUUCUUUUUUCAAAGACAAAAAAGGUGAUGCUAAUGUCAACUGAUCAAUUAUAUGCAAGCUAAUUAUGUGUCUGUCUUCCUUUCUCUAUGCAUAUCUCCUGAGCCUCAAAGACACAGAUCCAUAUGCAAAAAUAAAGAAGUAAAACAAGUCCUUCAAAUAUUAAAAAAAAACAGAGGAGCAGACCCAUCAGUACUUGGACUACAUUUAUUAGUCAGCAGAUAAAUUCAUACCACUUGAUCACAUUUUGUUGCACGAGAUAUUACUACUAGAUAUACAGUUGUGUGAAAAUGUGUUUGCCCCCUUCCUGAUUU